CCCACCUUUUUCCCAAGCACAGCAAAACAUCAAUAACAACACAAAAGAAACAGCCAUCAACCACACACACAUUCACAAAUCACAUUUCUUCCUCCAUACCCUACCAUUCUCUUCUCUCCCUCCCCCUCCCAAUCCCAUUUCCACUCCCUCACACAUAAACCCACCCAUUAACAAAACAAAAACAUCUUCACACAUUUCUCUCCACAAUGACACAUUCACCAAAAUCCCCUAACAAAACUAACACUCCUAGAAAUAACAUGAGUCUCCUCUUAGUAUUAUUUCCACAAGAUAAAUCAAACUCAAAACUAACUUCUCCUUCAUCUUUACCAUUAUCUUCUUCUUCGCCUUCAUCUUCAUCUUCAUCUUCGUCUUCGAAAUCUUUAAUUAUCUCGAAAGCCCAAUCAACAAUCUCAAUAUGUGCUCUCCUCCUUUUCACAACCCUCCUUCUCUUCACACUCUCAACCCUCCCCACCACUCCACCACCACCAUCACGCCGCCGUUUCCUCCUCCACAAAAACCACAACCCCACCCACAACCACAACCACCAUUUCGCCCUCCAAAAAAUGGGCACUCUUUAUCUCCGCGGCACAAAACCCAUGUCUGAUCUUCUCAUUUGCCACGUGGCAGAUGAAACAACCCACGAUGAUUUUCGUUUCUUUUUAAGACUCCUCCAUCGUUCCACCAUCACUUCUUCAACCGACGUCGUUUUCAUCUUCUCUUCUCCUUCUUUUUCUUCAUCUUUCUCACACAUUAUUCAACAAGAGAAUAAAUUUUUCGCAACAGUUCUUCAUUCCAACAAUAGCAAUAGCAACACUUUUUUCAACACUUCUCGUUUUUUUCGUAGCAAUAAUAAUAUUCAUCAAAUUGGUGAACCAUUAUGGGGUAACAAAAUACGCACUCAGAAUAAGACAAACAGCAACACUACCAACUCACUGAGUUAUGGAUCGGUACUGAGUUUCGAUGCAACUGAACUCGACCCGGAGAAUUCACUCGCUGGGUUUCUCGACCGAGUUCCGUUUAGUCUCCGACGAUGGGCGUGUUACCCAAUGCUACUCGGUCGUGUACGACGCAAUUUCAAACACGUGAUGCUUGUUGAUGUGAAAAGCGUUUUGAUUCUCCGUGACCCGUUUGGACGAGUCAAGAAUCGGAGUCCGGAAUCGGUUUUUCUCUUCAACAAACACGGGAAGAAGAUUUCGUCGAGUCAGAAAGUGGUUCUACCCGCUGUUGUUAUUGGUGGAGCUCGCGGUGUUCGACGGUUGUCUAAUGCGGUGAUGAUUGAGAUCGUUCGGGCUGCAACUCAGCAUAGGAAGAAGAGAAACUCGGUUUCUGAAUCGAGUGUUCUGAGUCAACUCGCGAGUAACGAGUUUCUUUGGAGGAGUAAGAAUGUUCAAUUAACUGUUUCCAACGAGUUGAUACCAGAAACGAGUUCACUCAGUGGUCACAAUUAUGCAAUAAUUCAACGCGGUAUGAAUAAUCAUGAUUUUAAUUCUGUCAUUAAGAGACAAAUUUGUUCGUCGGUGGUAGAUUCUUCUGUUUAUAAAGAUUGUUAGUUUAGUUAGUUAUUACCACAAAAAAUAAAGAAACACCAAGGUGUACAAAAAAUAAUAAAAAAAAUCUCAUUUAUUAUUUUUUUUAUUUUUAUAAUGAUAGUUUUAAAUUUUAAUUUCAUUAUGCUAUAAUGUUAUGCUUGUAGUUGUAGUUGUACAUAUUAAUUAUUCAUUCAUCUUGGAAUUACAUUUUUGUAUUCUUUCAAUUAAAAUUUAUGGACUGUCCACUGUCGUGUGUUGAUGAGUGACUAAAUGAAUAGAGCUAAGACAAGAUUAUUUUGACCAUGCAAGACUAUGUAUAAGAUUAUUAUUAAGAACAUGCCAAAAUUUGUUCUCAAUCAUUAUAUAUAA